AUGAGCCUCUCGGAGGACGAGAGGGCCCCUGCCGAGGUGGUGCUGGCAGGCCUGGGCAGCUUCAAGGCGGAGCACAGCCUGGAGCUCCACACCCCCUUCAUUGCGCGCAUCAUGGGGUCCCAGCCCUUCAAGCUGGUGCCCAUCAUGGUCGGCGCCCUCAGCACAGAGGCGGAGGCGCGGUAUGGCGCCCUGCUGGGCCACUACCUCGAUGACCCCUCCAACCUCUUCAUCAUCUCAUCCGACUUUUGCCACUGGGGGCGGCGCUUCAGCUACACAUUCUAUGACAAGACCAAGGGCCCCAUCUGGAAGUCUGUGCAGUGGCUGGACGAGCUUGGCAUGAGGAUCAUUGAAAAGGGCGACCCGGAGGCAUUUGCUGAGUACCAGCGGGAGUACCGCAACACCAUUUGCGGCAGACACCCCAUAGGGGUGCUGCUCAACAUGCUGCACCACUGCGCCACCAAGUUCAGUGUCGCCUUCAAUUCGUACGACCAGUCCAGCCACUGCGAGGAGCUCACAGACUCGAGCGUCAGCUACGCAGCCGCCACUGUGACGGCCGUUUAG